AUGGAAUUACUUCAAACUUACGCGGCUAGCAGUGAUGGUGCUUCAUCAGAUACGGAUGAUGAUGGUGACUUAACACAUUGUAAACUGAUAACUUUGAAAAAUUGCCGAUCAGUUGCUCUUGCUAGUGAACUUGCACCAAUUGUUGCUACAAAAAUGGAUGUCGGUGGUUUACGAUGCAUUGAUCCACAAACUAAAGAACUCAAUUAUAAUCCGAAAUACGAAGAACUUUUCCAACCUGUGGCUGGACCAUCAAAUCCCUUCAAGUCAGCCAAUCAAACGGCACCAAAAAAUAUGCUAACUGGUUUCGUAGAAUCAGCACAUGUGAAUAAUUUCCAAUUUGAACAACAGAUCAGAUCUUUUGAUACGUUAGGAUUUGCUCUUGAUCCAUCCGCUGAUCAAUCCUGUCAAUUUAUCGGUGAUACAAAAAAGGCUCAGGAAACGCAUGGUACAAGUCUUUUCGAAGGACAGAAAACAGGUGGAGAAAAACGCAGGAGGAAACGGAAUAUGGACCCGAGCGAUGUGGAAGGAUAUACUGGACCAUGGGCAAGAUUUGAAGAUGAAGUGGAAGUGUCAAGACCGGAUUCGGAAUUAGCAAAGGAGUUAGAAGAAAUUGUGAAAAAACGUCAAAAAAAUAGUCGAGCAGGUCGCAAAGCAGCACAGCAACAAGAAGCUAUUGCGGAUGAGUCUUCUACAUUGCAUCUGAAAGAAGCAGAGGAUUAUCUGGGACGUUCAUUUAUGCAUGCACCGCAAUAUAUUGGUGUCAAUUUACGUGAGGAUCAUGUACCCGAACGUUGUUUUAUACCGAAAAAACAUAUUCACACUUUUCGUGGGCAUAACAAAGGCAUCAAUUGUUUGCGAUGGUUCCCGAAGAGUGCACAUUUGUUCCUUAGUUCUGCUAUGGAUAGCAAAAUUAAAUUAUGGGAAGUAUAUGGAAAACGAAGUGUGGUAAGGACAUACGCAGGGCACAAAAUGUCAGUUAAAGAUGUUACGUUUAACAAUGAUGGUACCGAAUUCCUUUCUGCCUCUUUUGAUAGGUACAUAAAAUUAUGGGAUACUGAAACAGGCCAAGUUAAACAACGAUUUCACACUGGUCACAUACCGUUUUGCGUGAAAUUUAAUCCGGAUGAAGACAAGCAAAAUAUGUUUUUGUCAGGCAUGCAAAAUAAGAAAAUUUUGCCGUGGGAUACUCGGACAGGUGAAAUUGUUCAGGAAUAUGAUCGCCACUUAGGGAUUGUUAACUCAAUAACAUUUUUUGACAAGAAUCGAAGAUUCUGCUCAACUUCUGAUGAUAAGUCAAUUCGAAUAUGGGAAUGGGAAAUUCCUGUGGAUACAAAACUUAUUCAGAAUGCCGGCUUACACUCAAUACCAACGAUGACGAAGUCUCCAACAGAAAAAUGGAUAGUUGGUCAGUCGAUGGAUAAUCGUAUCGUAUUAUUCCAACUGAUUGAUGACAAAUUACGAUUUGCCAAAAAGAAAGCGUUCAAAGGACAUAAUGUUGCUGGUUAUGCUUGUUCAGUGGAUUUCGCACCAGAUAUGAGCUUUCUAACAUCGGGUGAUGCGGAUGGCAAAGUAUUCAUUUGGGAUUGGCGUAAUCACAAAAUAGUGGCGCGAUGGAAAGCACACGAUGAUUGCGUUAUCGCAACAUUAUGGCAUCCACAUGAAACUUCGAGAAUGAUAACCGGAAGCUGGGAUAAUGUGAUUAAAAUGUGGUCUUGA